CAACAAAUCGACGGUCGCCGGCUUCACGCUUGCUUUCUUGUGCACGGACAUCAAGCGAUCGUUUCUUUCUUGCCGCAAGUCACUACGGUAGAUCGUUGAGCUCCUCCUCGGUAGUCACUGAUCUUUGCAACGAAGACCUCUUAUGGCUGCUAGCGGUGUGACUCUCAAGACACACAAGGCCAAGAAACAGAGGCUUGUCAAUAGAUCUGGCAAUGUGGACGAGAGUUUGUUUGGACCUCCAGCGAGGCUGCAGCAGAUGUGUGGCAACAGGUCGUGGGAUCCAUCCUUGUCUGACGGGAGACCAUCGGUGCUGAGUGGGGAGGGGGAGAGGGGGAGGGGGAGGAGGGGGAGGAGUGACCCUGACGUAGUGGAGAUCAUCACCAGAGACUUCAUCAGGAAGAUCAAGGUACCUGGUACACCAGAUCCCUCUGGACUCUCUACUGUACUGGAGAAGACAGAGUUGGACAACAUCAGGCAAAGAGCGCAGGUGUUGUCAGCGGAAGUGAGGAGGGAGAGAGAGGCGAGAAUUAAGUCAGAGAGGGAGGAGAGGCUGAAGGCAUCUUCCACCAGGAAGAGAGAGAUGCAGGAACUGGAGAUGAGGAGGAAGCAGAACGAGAAGCCUUCUGACUUCGAACAGGAGGCAAAGGAGCAGUCUAAGGACCUGCUGGCCAAUGCCAGGGCCCAACUGGCAGAGCAGGAGGACGAGAUAAAGAAACUGAACGAGGCCAUCUUGAAUGCCAAGUGCCACGCCAUCAGAGAUGCCCAGCUGAGGGAGAGAGAGGAGAUCUUGAGGGCCAUGCAGGAAGAGGAGGUACGACUGGACGCCAUGAUGGAGGUGGACAGAGUGAAGAGUGUCAGAGAGGCGGAGGAGAAAGAGAAAGACCAGCAGAUGGAGAGACUCAAAGGGGUGGAGGUAAUACGGUCCCAGAUCUCAGAGAGGGAGCAGCAGCGACUGCUGGACCUGGAGAAGAAGGACCAAGAGACGGCGUCCAUGCUCCGCUACCUGGAGAAACUCCGGGAGGAGGACAUGGAGCAGCUGCAGAGGAAGAGGGAGACUCAGAGGAACCUCAUGGAGGAGGUCACAAAGUGCAACGAUGAGAUCCAGAGACAGAAGGACAUGCAGAGAGAGCAACAGAAGUUGGAGGAUAUGCGACUCAUGCAAUACCUCCAGGAGAAAGAGAAAAGAGAGGAGGAGUUGGCGCGAGAGCAGGAGAAGCAGAAGCAGGAGAAGGAGAUGGAGUUGUCUCGACUGAGGGCCCAGCAGGAGCGGGCCCAGGACACGCAGGCCGAGAAAGACAGUGUCAAGGCCAAGAGACGACAGGAGGCGUUUGAGAGAGAGUGGAGGAGGAAACAGAAAGAGGAGGCAGAGAAGAAGGCAGCGAUGGAGCAGAUGUUGAUGCAGUCGAGGCAGGACCAGAUCCACCACAAGGAGCAUUUCCUGGCAGUCCAGGCACAGAGAGACCGCGAAGAGUUUGACAGAGUUCUCAGGGCACAACAGGAAAUGAUGCAACAGGACAAGAGGAAGCAGGAGUCGUCACUGAAGAGACGACAGGAGCACGCCAGAGAGGUGAAGAAGCAGGUGAAGGAGAAGGAAGAGGAGGUGAUUUCCGCUCGCAGAGCCUUCUUCCAGGAGGGGAUCAAGCUGGAUCAGGAAGCCAGGGAGAGGCGUCGUAAACUGGAUGAGAUCAAACAGAGGAAGCUGGCAGAGCUCCGAGCUGUCGGUAUACCAGAGAAAUACUGUGCCGAGGUCAAUCGGAGGAUCACCGCCCCUCCCCCCUCCUUCACAAUGGCACGUCAACACUAGGCUCACCACACUCACCAACCUCACACCUAACACUUUUAGCCGCACCUCCUAACUAUUGUGCAUGUCUCAACAACUUGGUAGCGAGGUGCACUCCAAAUUAUUUUUUUAACUAUUUAGGAUGCAUUAUACAAUUGGCAAGUAGUCAAGUCACUACCAGAGCAAACAGGAGGGCCAUAACGGCCAUGGCGAGACUAGCUGUCACCAGGGCAGUCUCUCCUUCUCUAUCAUCCAUGUUCACUAGCACGGUGUUGGUAGGAGUAGGGAACACUGUGUGACCUGUGUGAGCUGGUUUCAGAGCUGGUUUCAGAGCUGGUUUCAGAGCUGGUGUAAGAACCAGAACCAGACCCAGAUCCUCCAGUCAUUCAGCGGGUCUUACUCCUGAAACUCCCGGAGCCAAAGCAAACAAAACCAGUGAAAACACAACUCCGAAACAUGAAUAGUUUCGCACACGCAAACACUGGUCCCCGUGGAGAAAACAGUCCGCACGGCACGCGAGCACCACGCUGACUGUCUUCCUAGUCCCACACGACAUGGAGUUGGCCUCACCUCUGAAGAAACGGCUCCCUGGAGCUCUCCUGGUAGCCGGAGCAGCGCAGGGAAACGUGCUGCCACGCGGACGCCGCAGACACAACACAACCUCAAGCUUCACACACAGCCUGCAGCUAGCUAGCUAGCUAGAAACAAGUUGCAGCACACGCGCAUGCGCAUUCAGUCUAGGUGAGCGGUCGAUCGGUGCGGUCGCGCAGAGAGCUAGCUAGCUAUGUAGCUCGCUUCAUGGCUGAUGGUCUUGACUGUCGGUGCAUAAUCUGAGGUGUAGUUAAAGAUGUCUGCAGACGCAGAGCACCUCUUCAUCCUCAGACUCCCAGAGGCAAGCAGUCAGACACUGCCCGAGGUGACUCGAGUGAAGGAGGCGAUGAGGAGAGACGAGCUGGGGGAGAUGCUGCAACUGGACUUCAAGAAGGACAUGAGACAUGCUACAGUCAAGGUGGAUGGGACUACUCUCUCUGCAAAGCUGGUGGACCUUCCGACGGUGGUGGAGUGCCAUAAGACCAUUGAGAGCAGGACCCUCUACAAGACUGGCAACAUCUCCCAGGUCCUGGUGUGCUCGCGCAGCCCGCUGGAGACGGCCGCAGUCUCCAACAUCGAAGAGCUCCCCACCUCACAGCAGAAGGAGUACCUCAAGAAGUUCACCUUCAAUCACGGACUGACUCCACCGCUGAAGAAUGUCCGUCGACGUCGCUUCAAGAAGAUGACAACGAAGAAGUUUGUGGACUCUCCGGAGGUGGAGAAGGAGGUGAAGAGACUGCUCAGAGAGGACCUCAAUGCCGUCAAUGUCUCAUGGAAGGUGGUGACUGAUGAAGACAAGGCUAAUGAAGACACCCAGAGUGUUGCGUCAGAGGGUGCCUCACGGGCAGUCACCCCUGCAGCAAAUCUGGACGAGGACUCCCUCUCGUCCACCACGCCCCCCAUCCGACCGUACCAUGGCAACAGUCACCACGACGAGAAACAGGCUCUCAUGCAGCUGCUGGAGGACGUGAGCAGCUCCAGUGGCGGGGAGGAGGAGGAAGAGGAGGACGAGGAGGAUGAGGAAGAGGGAGAAGAAGAUGAAGAGAUUGAGGUGAUGGAGACGGAGCAGAUGAGGCAAGUCAGCAGCGCAAUUCAGGACCUUGACAACCAGAUAGAGGAGCAGAAACUGAAGAUUCAGAACACUGCCAACACCAGUCUCAGGGGGAGAUUUGAGGUGUUUCUGAAGGAGCUUGAGGCAGAGAGACAGCUCAAGAUGGAAGAGCUGGAAAAACUGGAGGAGAACACAUGAUGACCAAGUUCCACCAACACGCAAGACGGACCCAGUCCACAAACAUGACCUCACUGCUCUUGUGUCAACUACUCUUUCCUUCUCCCUCCACCCACGCCUCUAUUGUCUACUGACCCUGUACUAGUGCAGUAUGAACUCCCUGCUACAUAUGUGUGUGUUUUUCCUCAGUGGAGUUGUGUACAGUUUUCAAAGACCCUCUCUAAACCAUCUCUUUCUUUGUACUCUGGUGAAAGUGACAAAAACAACAGAGGUUAGUAAAGUCAACCACAGUUAUGAAGAUAGCCUCCUUACUAUGCUACCACCUCUUUUGUUGAAAAGUGCAUCGUACCUACAAUAGUACUGAUGUACCUGUAGUAGUACCUUUUCAUUUCUGUGUAGUGGGGUGUAGCGAGAUGUAGAAAAUGGUGAAGUGGCACUGGUG